UAAUUUGCUUGACUUCAACCAUAAUAUUACUUUUAGAUGUUAAGUCUCAAUUUCAUUUAUUAUUUUUUAAGUGAGAAAAUAAAGAUUCACGCCUAUUCUAUGUAAGGUGCUUAAUUGGGGAAGUUAGCCUAAAUAUAGUAUUAGUAGUAGUGCUAAAUAAAUCGUGAGGUAGGCUUAACUGUUAACACGUAGGAGUUGUAACAGAGCUACAGAUGGUUUGUAUUAUAUAUGCAGAUAUCUGUGUUUAACAAGACAACACCUAAUAAAAUGGAAAAAAGUUCAGAUUCUAUAUGGGAACCACCUACUGAUGCUGAAAUGAAAGUUAUUCGUGCUAAGAGAGAACGUGCAGAUAAGAUCAGUUCUCUUAUGGGAGACUAUUUGUUAAAAGGGUACAAAAUGUUAAACACCAUUUGUGAGAUGUGUGAAACAAUAUUAUUGAAAGACAAACAAGGAAAUUUGUAUUGUGUUGCCUGUUCAGAAGUAGAUGCAGCAGAACAUGCCAAGGAUAAUCCAGCUUUAAGUGAUACAGCAGCAAAGCGACAAAAAGAGGAAGUACAUUAUGUUUUAUCUUCUCCUGAACAAACAACCAGAAACCAGCCACCUGAGGUGGUAUCCUCAACUAUGUCUUCUGCAUCAUUGCCACCACCAGGAAUUCAACCUAGUUUUACAACAUCACAAGAUGCUGUAUUUGUGUCACAGGACACAAUAUUUGCAUCAGUAUCUCCAACAACUGCUAGCUUAACAUCAGCUUCAAAAUCAAGAAGUGAUGUGGGAGUUACAGCUUGUAAACAAGACAACCAUUUGGCAGCAUGCCUGUCACAGUCCACAGAAGCUUUGUUGGAAAAGUUAACUUGGGCUAGUAAUGAACUUAAGAAGAGUCAGUGUGUGGAAGGCAGUGUACACCUUUGUUCCUUAAUGAAAACAUGUUGUGAAACCCUUUUAUCAUUGCAGAAUGUUAAAAAUAACUUUACUCAGUCUUCAUAAUAAAUGGGUUUUACAUGUAAGCAAACUUUUUUCUUUGUUAAUUUUAUAUCAAUAACUUGGCAGUUUUGAAAUGGUAAACCAUAUUUAUCCUAUGCAACAUGCAUUAUAUUUGUUUUUGGAGACUGUCUUGAUGUCAUGUUAUUAUAAUUUGAAGAUACUGUCAUUAAAGAAAUCAACUAUAUCAGUGACUAAUAAUACAAUUAUGCUUGACUUUAGUGGAACGUCAGUAUUUAUUUCCUCCAUGUAAAACCUAGUUGCAGCAUAGGAUUACUGUUUCAAAAGUCCAAAGUUUGUAACUAAGGUAUAUAAAAUUAAGUAUCUCUUUGUUUGUUGAAUAAGGAAUUCAAACAAUCAUUAAUAAUUAAUAUUUCAAAGAAAAUAUUUCAUUAAAAGUAGCUAAAGCAUCACAGUGAUUGAAAUGCCCAUAAAGUUGUGCAAUUAGAAAUAAAACACACUUGGACCAUCGAUGAAAGAUAUAGUUUUGCUAGAUUAAGUUAUACUUGAGACCAAAUUUAUCUCAGUUUCAAGGAUAAACUGUCCUCCUUUUAUCUUCCUUUGUUUUACUAAUGUUUCGGGAUGACUCUCUGGCUUGAUCACACAAGCUGUAAAGCUUCGUUUAAGGUGUAAAAGUCACAUGUAGGUAAAAUUAAUUAUUUCCAUUGAUUGUGACUAUGUAUAUUUACCUGAUAUAGAGCGAUCUUAGUUAUGAUAUGCAUGCAGUAAUAUAAAUCAUUACUGUUGCAUGCAUCACUUGUGUGUUUUUCUGAAAAAUAUUUGGUUAUAAAGUAUUAUCAAAAAAAGGAGGAAAGAGUAAGGACAUUUAUGAAACCUCACAUUAUGGAAAUGAGCAAGUUCUAUAUGUAACUGCUAAAACAAAACACUUGUAGAUCUCCAAAAAUAUAAUAGUUAUUUGGAUCCUUUAGAUUGUUUCUACUUUAGAAUCUCAAUCUUUGUGUCAUCUGGUAUUACACAGAUUUCCUUUUUCUGUUUAUAAACAACCAUUCAAUCAAUCCAGGAAUUGACCAGUGGUUAGAGAACUAAUCUUCUGUAUAUUGUAUUGAAAACUACUUAAGAAUAGUCUAGUUUAAUCAUUUUACAGAUGCGUGUUGAGAUGUUAAAAAAUUAAAGUGGUAUAUUUGAUUCAUAGUCUUUGUUUAAACACAAUGUUGAAUGCCAUUAUCAUUUUCAUGGGUACCCAACCUUUGUUUUGUAAAUUGCAGAGUAUUAACUUGUAUGAAUAAAACAUUAUUAUACAUCCCA